AUGGCGGCGCCCGUUAACAGGUACAGCUGGUUCGCUUCCGUUUGUAGAAAACUGGGAAGUUAUGCAUUAAAAUCGGUUCUCAUCACCCAGGCGGCGUCGUGCGGCAACAACAUGGACUCUGCGGGACCAGCAAAGCUGGAGUUUGCGGUGCAGAUGACAUGUGAGAGCUGCGCAGUUAAAGUCAGAGCUGCUCUGGAGGGAAAACCAGGAGUGAAGUCUGUCAGUAUCGAUGUGGGGAAGGAGCAGGUGUUGGUGGAAUCGACUCUGACCAGCGCCGAGCUGCAGGCUCUGAUAGAGAGCACCGGACGCAGGGCCGUGCUGAAAGGCAUCGGAGGAUCAGAGCAAGAUCUGGGUUCAGCGGUGGCCAUGCUGGCAGGUGAGGGGAAGAUCCAGGGGGUGGUGCGUUUCCUGCAGCUCUCUGAGGAGCGCUGCCUGAUCGACGGGACCAUUGAUGGUUUGGAGCCCGGACCCCACGGCCUCCAUGUCCACACGCUGGGGGACCUCACACAGGACUGCCUCAGUUGUGGAGAGCACUAUAACCCCUUUGGAAGUCAACACGGUGGUCCAGGGGACUCUGAGAGGCAUGUAGGUGAUCUGGGGAAUAUUGUGGCGGGACCAGAUGGCAGAGCUUCGUUUAGACAAGAGGACAGUCAGCUGAAGGUAUGGGAUGUGAUUGGCCGAUCGCUGGUGGUGGAUGCAGGCGAGGACGACCUGGGUCGAGGCAACCAUCUUCUCUCCAAACAGACUGGGAACUCUGGUGAAAGACUGGCCUGUGGGAUCAUCGCCCGAUCAGCGGGUCUUUUCCAAAACCCCAAACAGAUCUGUUGCCUGUGACGGGGUCACGCUGUGGGAGGAGAGAGACAGGCCGAUAGCAGGGAAAGGUCGAAGCAAAGCGGGCACAGAGACACCGGCAGCAAACCUCUGACACCAGCAGCCGAAUCUCUAACCUGCGCCGGACACGGUGACCAGGAAGGGCACAGUGAAGAGAAGAUUAGACGACAGAGGGUCAGAGCAGAAGCGAGGUAGACAGAGCACUGAGGAAUAUGUUUCCACACAGCUGGAGGGACGACCAAAGAAAUAUGGCCUUAUUUUCUUGUGAAAAAAAAAUCUGUGACAAAAUCAAACCCCCCAUGCAGCUGCUGCCCUCUGAGGAUUUAAAAGCACUAAAGCCGAUGAAAACCGCCUGCGACUUUGUGAAAGUCAUCUUUGAUUAGCUAGAUGUCUGUUUAUUCUGUUAUAUGUUUGUAUAUCCAGGCGCCUUUGACACGGCUGUCUCAUAAUUGAUGCACUGAGUGGGAUAAAUGUGCUGUAGUUCAGUAUUAAAAAUAUCUAAAUCUAAUUUUCAGUAAUGUCAGACUAAGACAACAAUCGGAGCCUGUCAGUGGCAAAAAACAAAUGCCAUCAGUGGAUGUAACGUGAAUGUGCAAAUUUCGAGGCUG